AUGUAUCUUUUUAUGCUCUCACUCGCAUGGUGGCUUGUGCAUAUCCUGGCCCUUAAGGAUCCCGUUUGCGGCCUGAUGCCAAGGGUCAAUAAAUGUGUAGUGCUGGGAAAAGAACCUCCAGUGUUUUACGGUUACAAUGAAAGACGCAAUGAGUGUUACAGAAUCAAAGAUCCCUGUCAACAAUUUUUCAGAAGAUUCGCAACGAAAUUGAUCUGCGUGCAGUUAUGCAAGAAGUAA